AUGGCUUCUCUAUCCACCACCACCACACUCUUCCCCACAACUUCUCUCUUUCCCUUCUCCCAAAAAAGCCCCCAAAUUCCUUCAUUUAAAAACACAACCAAACAUUCCUCUGCACGUAGAGUUAGACUAGUCUCAUGCAAAGCCACAGGCAACGAUGAUCAACAACCACCUCCAGGAAACCUAGACAGAAGAAGAAAUGUCCUUAUUGGCCUCGGAGGGCUAUACGGUGGCCUGUCCAGUCUACCCACCGACCCCUUCGCCUUUGCAAACCCAAUAUCCCCCCCAGACCUUACCCAAUGCGGACCCGCAGACUUACCAAGCGGCGCAUUACCCACCAAUUGCUGCCCGCCCACAUACCCCAAAAUCAUAGACUUCAAGCUCCCCCCUCCCUCCCGGCUCCGCGUUAGGCCGGCGGCUCAAACCGUCGACCAAUCCUACAUUGACAAAUACUCCAAAGCCAUUGCACUCAUGAAAGCCCUCCCUGACGACGAUCCACGCAACUUUACUCAGCAAGCCAACGUCCACUGCGCCUAUUGCAAUGGCGCAUACGACCAAGUCGGCUUCCCAGACCUCGAGAUCCAAGUCCACAACUGCUGGCUCUUCUUCCCCUUCCACCGCUACUACCUAUACUUCUACGAAAGAAUCUUGGCCAAACUCAUCGACGACCCGACGUUCGCUUUGCCGUUCUGGAACUGGGACGCGCCGGCCGGCAUGCAACUGCCUGCCUUGUACGCCAACCCGGACUCGCCCCUCUACGACGAGCUCCGAGCCGCCGCCCACCAGCCGCCGACACUCGUGGAUCUCGACUUCAACGGCACGGACGAGAAAGUCAACAGAGAAGCUCGAGUCAACACCAAUCUCAAGAUCAUGUACAGGCAGAUGGUGUCCAACGCCAAGAAACCGCUCUUGUUCUUUGGCUGGCCUUAUAGGGCUGGGACUGAAGCGGACCCCGGAGCCGGUUCAGUGGAGGCAGUUCCGCACGGGCCGGUUCAUUUAUGGACGGGAGAUAACACCCAGCCAAAUUUUGAGGACAUGGGGAAUUUUUAUUCGGCAGCGAGGGAUCCUAUAUUUUUUGCUCACCACUCCAAUGUGGAUCGGAUGUGGAGCAUUUGGAAAAAUUUAGGACCCAAAAAUAAAGAUCUUAGUGACAGAGAUUGGUUGGAUAGUGGGUUUUUGUUUUAUAAUGAGAAUGCGGAGUUGGUUAGGGUUAAGGUGAGGGAUUGUCUUGAUAUUAGGAAGUUUGGAUAUGUUUAUGAAGAUGUCGAGAUUCCGUGGCUCAAGUCUAGGCCAACGCCACGUAGGACAAAGCAGCAGAGAAAAGCCAAGGCUGUCGGAGUUGCAAAAGCUGCCGGAACGACGUCGUUGGGGAAGCUGGUGAAGAGUAGUGAGUUUCCGAUACAGUUGGAGUCCAAGAUAAGCACGGUGGUGAGCAGGCCGAGGCAGAAGAAGAGGAACAAGAAAGAGAAGGAGGAUGAAGAGGAGAUAUUAGUGAUUGAGGGGAUUGAGUACGAGAAAAAUGCGGUUGUUAAGUUUGACGUGUACGUGAAUGACGUGGGCGAUGAUGAUGACGUGCUGAGUGGGCCGGACAAGAGCGAGUUCGCGGGGAGUUUUGUGAGCGUGCCUCAUACGCAUAAGGAGAAGAGGAACAAGAGCAAGGGUUGCUUGAGGUUGGGGCUAACGGACUUGUUGGAGGAUUUGGAAGCUGAGGAUGAUGAGAGUGUCGUGGUGACUUUGGUGCCUAGGUUUGGGGCGCAGACUGUCACGAUUGGUAGCAUCAGAAUUGAAUUUGUUGCUUGA